GUAGGCAGCUCUGUGGACGAGUUCGUCGAGAAACUCGUCCGCAACGUGGGCGAGGACGUACUGCACUUCGAGGCUCUUUACGCAGCGAAGAUACGCGAGCUCGAGGAGGCAAUGGAGGAGCCACUCUACAAGCACCUGGAGGCCUACUACUUCUUGAAGAAACCGCGCGUGGGUGGUGACAAGGAGGGCCAGAUUGUCACAGGUGCCGGUAACGAGCUCGUCUGCGACAAGUUGAAGGACUUGGCGAAUGCGUGCAUCCCUUGGGCUGCCAUGCUCAGGAGGGCAACGGGGCCACCUGUGGGUGCCAGGCGUGGCACGCACCGAGAAUACCUCAACAGAGGAGCUGCAAGCCUUCUGGCGGACAACUCGGUCAUGAUGGCCCAGGCCAAGAAGGCCCGCGCUGAGGCUGAAAAGGCCCGCGACUUUUACCGCGGUGGCGCGAAGGCCGCGGGCGGAACAAACGCGGAGAGAGUCAAAAAGCUGAAGCUCACGCUGCCUUACAAGCGGUGCGGCAGGUUGGGCCAGUGGAAGGACGAACCCGAUUGUCCGAGGGCUCCCGGUGAGGGGGGCUCAGUCAACCAUGAGGGACGGAGCCCGGAGGACAUCCCCACAGCGGUGGACGGUCGGACCGUGACCGCAGAAACCUGUGACGAGUUGUGGUCGAUUGCAGCAGACAUCGCGCGCGCAAAGUCCGUGGCGGGACUGACGUGGAACCGACGGCUGUCUGCGUACGUCAACAAG